GCCAGUACUACUGCUUUGGUCACACUGAAGGGCGUGUUUGGUAAACAGAGUUGCAAGACGACGUGAAACUCUAAACGAAAAUUUAUAAACUAAACUUAAACGAAAUGGGGGCGUUCAAUCGCAGCACGCAAGUGGCCCUCGGCUUAUCCGCGUUCUCCUUUUUGCUUUUCCUCAUCGCGUUCUCCACGCCGUAUUGGCUGGUCACCGAUGGCCGCCUGGAAAAACCACGAUUCACCAACCUGGGCCUGUGGGAAGUUUGCUUUAAUAACUUCCAAGAUAUCCACCGAUUCUACGAUAACCGCUUCAAGGGAUGCAUGUGGGUCUUCGAGGAGGAGUACUACAUCAUACACGACUUCCUGCUGCCCGGCUUCUACAUAGCCGUGCAGUUCUUCGCAACGCUCUGCUUCGUCAUGUGUCUCAUCGCCCUGCCGCUGACCCUGGCUUUGCUGCGCACCUCCCGCGACGAUGACCGCAACGUUGUGCUGCUUCUGACGGUGGGCACAUGCCAAGUGGUUGGCUCAAUAUUCGGUUUCAUUGCCGUGGUCAUCUUCGGUGCCAAGGGAGACUCACGCGACUGGAUGCCCGGGUGGCAGAACAACGACAUGGGUUGGUCAUUCGCUUUGGGCGUGGUUGGAGCCGUGAUGCUUAUGCCAGCUGGUAUUUUGUACAUGAUUGAGGCGCGCCGCGAACGCUACAAGCGUUUGAACGAGAUCAGCAAUCGUCAGGUCAGCGAAUACGGCGACGAUUACUAUCAGGAUCAGGCACAUGCUGCGGCAGCGGCCAUCCCAUCAGCUCCUGCGCCGUCCUCAUAUUUUGCACCGGAGCCAAGCCGACCGCGUCGUCCCCAGCCAGGACACCGAGCCCCAAGCGCACCGGCACCAGGAGGAAUUCAAACCGAUAUUUAACGAAAAAAAGACGACUUUUGUCCACGAAUUCAAAUCCUUUUAAAAAUCCGAAUCAGAUUGUGAAGCUAUUUUCACUUUAAAGAAAUCUCUAUAUAUCAUUCCCCUAAAGUAGGAACAAAAAAUGUAAUCAAUUUAUACCCGUUCAUCUUCAGCUAUUGCUGAAAACUUUUUUAUUGUGGAUAUAUUCUCACUUUAAUAUUAUUUUCUAUCGAAUAUUUGCAUGCACAAAAGACCAUUCCGUUAUUUUAAAUAAGAGUAACAAUAUCCGUCCAUUUUAGCCUUUUUGCUAAUGUCCAGAUUGUGUUAUUCCUGUCCCAUUGCCUUCUAUGUAUGUGUUCUCGUGUAUCAAAAGUGUCCUUAUUGUUCUAUUGUAAGUGUCCUUGAUGUAGACAUUUAAAUUGGAAUAAUUUGAAUAGAAGGCUGCGGGAAUAAGUAAUACACUUACAGAAGCAUAGGGUAUGCUUUUAACCGUACCACUGAUAACUACUGCUCUUUUACCAUAUGUUAGUAUUGCUAUUACAUAUCAGUGUGCAAUGGCACAACAAAGAUCCAUUGUAUUUUAAUGGUUAAUAAAAAACACAAACAUAA